AUGUCUACUAAAGAAUUUCUAGUCCUAAGAGGUACCUUGGAGGGUCACAAUGGGUGGGUCACUUCUUUGGCCACCUCCCCAGCUCAACCAAACAUGUUGUUGUCUGCUUCUCGUGAUAAGACUUUGAUCACUUGGAGAUUGACUGGUGAGGACCAACAAUAUGGUGUUCCUGUUAAGUCUUUCAAGGGUCACUCCCACAUCAUUCAGGACUGUACCGUUACCAACGAUGGUAAGUAUGCUUUGUCUGCUUCCUGGGAUAAGACUUUGAGAUUGUGGGACUUGGCUUCCGGUGAGAGUCUCAUCAGAUUUGUUGGUCACAAGUCUGACGUUAUGUCUGUUUCCAUCGAUGCUGGUGCCACCCAAAUUGUGUCUGCUUCUCGUGACAAGACUGUCAAGGUCUGGAACACUGUUGGUGAGUGUGUCGUCACUUUGUUGGGCCACAACGACUGGGUUUCACACGUUAGAAUUGCUCCAAAGGAUAACGCUGACGAUCCAGUCACUGUUAUUUCUGCUGGUAUGGACAAGGUUGUUAAGGUCUGGGACUUGCAAUCUUUCACCAUUGAAGCUGACUUCAUUGGUCACAACAACUACGUGAACACCGUUACUCCAUCCCCAGAUGGAUCUAUCUUUGCCUCUGCUGGUAAGGACGGUCAAAUCAUGUUGUGGAACUUGAACGCAAAGAUUGCUUUGUACUCUUUGGAUGCCAAGGACGAGGUUUUCGCUGUUGCUUUCUCUCCUAACAGAUACUGGUUGACCGCCGCCACUGCCUCUGGUAUCAAGAUCUUCGAUUUGGAACAAAGACUUCCUGUCGAUGACUUGAAGCCAGAAUUCGCUGGUUACGCCAAGGCUCAAGAACCACAUGCCAUCUCUUUGGCUUGGUCCGCUGACGGUCAAACUUUGUUUGCCGGUUACACCGACAACGUCAUCAGAGUCUGGCAAGUCAUGACCGCUAACUAA